CUUGAUAAUCCUACGUUAGGUACUUAAGAUUAGCUUACGUAGGGGCGUAGGAGGUACCUAGGUACCUAGGUAGGUACGUGGCCUCUAAUACCUCUCGAUGGAGGGAAGUCGCCUGGUCAAUGCAGAUAGUUACAUAGGUACCUUCUACCGAAAUCCGAAGCUUUGACCACUACUCUCGCGUCCCGCUUAUUGCUAACCUCGCUCUCGGCGCGACGUACUCAAAAAAAACACCCCCCCUGAAGCCGUAAUACCUGAAGGUCCAACGCUCAAGGCCCAAGUUCGAAGUUGGAAUCCCUAAAACAAGCAGAUUCGAUAGUCCGCCUAGCAUCAUAUUUCGUACCGUGCCGAUCGACCAGAAGUUGCCCAGUAUGAUGCACCCAUCGCGGCAAGCAUACGUCGAAGAGGCGGAAGAGGAACGUGGAAUGAGCCUUGACGAGGUCCCCGAAGACCGCGACUAUGACAUUCCCUCCACCGCCGCCGGCAUCGCGCCCGAGAAAGCGUCAGCCAUAUUAUCACAGUUCGAGCGAAAGAGGCGGGCCGCCACCAUUGCAGUGCCUACGGACGAUGGCCGAGUACGUGCGAAACUCCGAGAGCUCGGAGAGCCUAUCACGCUCUUCGGCGAGGGCCCGGCCGACCGGCGAGACAGGUUAAGGGAGCUCUUGACUUUGCAGUCCGAACAGGUCCCGACCGAGACCCCAGACGUAGCUAUGGAGGACGCGCCCGAGGAGGACCAGGAGGACCAGGAAGAGGAGUUUUACACCAUGGGAACCGACGAAUUGCUCCAUGCGCGGCAGCAGAUAGCACGCUUCUCCUUGCCACGGGCGAAACGGAGAUUAGCGUUCCAGAAACUGGAGGCCUCCAUACCGUUGCGGACGCAUGUCAAGUUCCGCAAGCAGAUCAAGGAGUGCUUGCACGCAUUCGAGCUCCAGGGAAGCCAGACGGCGGGGGACAGAAAUGUCAGCAUGACGCGAAUAUCACCGAACGGCCAGCUCGUAGCGGCGGGGAACUGGGGAGGUUCCAUCAAGCUGAUCGAAAUCCCCACGCUGCAAGAGAAGUUCACACUACGUGGACAUGCCACUCGAGUCGGUGGGAUAUCGUGGUAUCCUGGCGCCACCCUGCCCGAGAGCAACGUCUCCCCAGAUACGGUCAAUUUGGCUUCGGGAGCUGCCGAUGGCCAGGUUAACCUGUGGUCUCUGACCCAAGACACGCCGCUCUCGACACUCGAGGGACACGGCCAGCGCGUAUGCCGAGUCGAAUUUCACCCUUCCGGCAGGUACCUCGCCACGGCCUCGGAAGAUACUACGUGGCGUUUGUGGGACGUGGAAUCGACGACGGAGCUGCUCCUCCAAGAAGGCCACUCGAGGGGCGUCUUCGCCAUCAGCUUCAAUACGGACGGGUCGCUGCUGGCGAGUGGCGGCACGGACAGCAUCGGCAGGAUCUGGGACAUGAGGUCCGGGAGGACGGUGAUGAUCCUGGACGGGCACGGAGACGGGCACAUCAAGCCGAUCCACGGAAUCGACUGGGGCUCGGACGGCCACCGGGUCUUGACCGGCUCGGCCGACGGCUGGAUCAAAUGCUGGGACGUGCGGAAGGUGCAGAGGACGGGCGGCAUCGGGGCUCACAGCAGCGCGGUCUCCGAUCUCCGGUGGUACAAAGGGUUAGACGACCCCGUCACGGGCGACCCGCCGGGGCUCGACGACAAGGGCAACCAGCUCCCCAAGAAGUCGAGCACGUUCUUCGUGUCGAGCGGGUUCGACCGCAAGGUCAACAUCUUCUCGGCCGACGACUGGACCCUCGUGCAGACUCUGGAGGGGCACACGGGGCCGGUGGCGAGCGUGGACAUCAGCAGAGACGGGAGAUGGAUCGUGAGCGGCGGGCACGACAGGACGGUCAAGCUAUGGGGCCGCAACGACGGCGGGGGAAUCUGACGGGAGACGCGGAGCUUGCGUAAUAAGGAGGGCGAAGGCGGUAAGCUGUUAUAUGUAGAUACCCUAUAGACACGAAGGUAGUGUGUAUACCCGCAGGAUGCCCCCAAGCAUAGGUGUCUGUGA